AUGGAAGCUAGUAGCAGCUAUCCCACGGGCAGCGCACCCCCACUUCAGAGUACGCCAUACGUCUACCAUCCCCAGGUACCAGCGCAAGCCGGCCAGCACUUAGCAUCAGCCAACGAAGGUUCAGCCCCUCUGGUCACGGUGAGCUAUCCAGUGACCAACCAGACACCUUCCGUGCCUGCUGUCGGGCAAGCCAGUGAGACCACGGGAUCGGGCCAAGAUACCUCGGCUCCUCUGGUCACGAUAACGGCAUGGAGUCAGCCAGGCUCGGCCACUACUAGUCAACAACCGGUGGCUCAUCCACCUGCUGGCAAUGUCCAGCAAGCGACCGUGAUGCCUUCGGACCACCACGAAGCUGUUGCCAGCACGUUACCACAUAGUGGAUCCGCCACGGUGGCCAGUUCACAAGGAGUCCAGGUGCAGCCUAGUCCCGACCCAUCGCCGGUCCCUUCUGUGGCGGGUCAAGGAGCUCAGAUGGGGUUCCAGCAGGCCGCGGUGGCUUCAUCAGCACCUCCAGGAGUUGGUGGGCAAGGCAUGUCUACACAGGGCAAGGACGAGCAGGCCUUCGCUCCUUCUGCACCACCAAUGGUACCACAGCAAGCACAGGCACCGAUGCCCUCCAACGCCUGCUGGCCAGGUGGUCCAAGGUCAGCCUUCAGCUGUUGA